CUGAAGGUCCUCCAGAAAUAAACAAAUUGGGGUCCUCGUCCUUAGAUGUAUGCUAGUCGCGGAGUCGCAGUUACGAUCUAUAUAUUGCGCAUUUCAAGAAAAUUGUGAAAAUUUUAACAUCAGCAUCCUCGUUUUAGAUUGCUAAAGGAAUGUUGAACAAAGCGUCGUUGUAUCGGCUCGAUCAUUUACGUCCCUAGUGGCCCAUUAUUUUUGUUUUCCAACGACGAAGGGUGUGUUUUCUUCGGUCGCGCUAACGCCGCUAAGAAGCCAUACAGUUGACUUAAUUUUGAUAUUCCCCGAAAAGUAGCUGGUGGGUUUCGUUUUAAGAUAGACUUCAUUUUGCAUUUAAACUGAUAAAGAGAAAUAUAUGGCUCCACUGAGUCGAGUCAUUAUAGCAUGUGGUUACUGCGGUUAAAUUAACCAUGUUUAAUUUUUUUCAACGUGUUUUACGAUUCGUGUCUAUAUACGUUGCUGUCAUUUUUGUAAACUCCUCCAGAGGCUGUACUAGGUUUACAUGUCUAUUAUUUUAUAUCAGUUGUUUGGCAUGUUCCCAUAGGGAGGGGUUAAUGAGCAUCAAUGUCAGGCAUUGCGCUUAGCAGACUGUCCCAGGAGCGCAAAGCCUGGAGAAAAGACCACCCGUUUGGUUUUGUUGCUGUGCCUACCAAGAAUCCAGAUGGAACCAUGAAUCUGAUGAAUUGGGAAUGUGCCAUUCCUGGAAAGAAAGGCACCUUGUGGGAGGGAGGACUGUAUAAACUCAGGAUGCUCUUCAAGGACGACUACCCCUCCUCACCACCCAAAUGCAAGUUUGAGCCACCGAUAUUCCAUCCAAACGUCUACCCAUCCGGUACCGUUUGUCUGUCCAUCCUGGAGGAGGACAAAGAUUGGAGGCCCGCUAUCACCAUCAAACAGAUUCUGUUGGGAAUCCAGGAGCUGCUGAAUGAGCCCAACAUUCAAGACCCAGCACAAGCAGAGGCUUACACAAUUUACUGUCAGAACCGGAUGGAUUACGAGAAGCGGGUCAGGGCCCAAGCCAAGAAGUUUGCACCCACAUAAAUCUGGCAGGGAAGAAAGCCUGACUUGAUCGAAGCCGAAGGACCACUCCAGCAAGGAUCAACUUUUCUGUACUUUUACGCCAUUUCAUCGGUGGCAUGUCAAAAGAGCUCUUGACUAUUGGUUGUAAACUCAACAGUUGCGCGUAAGAAGGAAGCAGGCCUCCGUCCAGCCACCACGAGGAGGGAAGCAUUCGAAAAAACAAGGUCGGCAAUUUGCUUUCUUCAACCAGUGUCAAUUUCUCCUCAAAUUAUCACGACUAACGCGCUUGGGAACAAGCAAAUAAGUCUGCGAGUUUUUUGCCCAACGGAUAAGUGACCGCGUGUAUAUAUUAUAAAUAAACCAAAUUGUGAAAGUUAUGUUUUAUAUUGUUUUAGCCAGUUGACGUGUGCGUGGUAUUAUAACGAAGAACACAAUAAAUUGUGUAUUGUGAAAUAAAAUUGAAUAAACGAACACAAGUUAAGGAGUA